AAAAACGUGUCUUUUAUUUUUUGCUACCUAUAUCCCGGCGAAGAAAAAUAGUCGAGUGGGUUCAUCAAUAUCAAUCUGACGGAGUAUGAAUGGGUUUAAAUAGUUUUUAUGCACCAACCCAGCGCUGUGCUAGGGCGCUCGUAUUUAGGUAUGUUACUGCCCGUCUGUUUAUGGCGCUCCUCUCUCUCUCUCUCUACCUCUCUCUCUCUCUCUCUCUCUCUCUCUCUCUCUCUCUCUCUCUCUCUCUCUCCUCCCUUCUUCUUUCCGUCCUCCUGUCGGACCCGCGCAGGCUAUCGGCACGCCGGCAUUCGCACCUGUGUUGUGCAUAGGUUGGACUUGUGGACCUGUCUCGAAGGAUGAGACGGGAAUGGCUGCCGUCUACGGUGACGCGAAUGUCUCUGGGCCGGCUCCUAUCGACGCAUCUCUGCGUUUCGGGCCAUGC